GCGAUUGCGCGCGCAAUGAAUCAGGCUGCGCCAGUGUCGUGUAUUCCUGCGGGGAAGAUGUCGAAGGCGAAGAAGGUGCUGGACGAGGCCCGGGAGAUCCAGAAUCCCGAGCUGGAUCUCGCGGACAAGGGUAUCGCGACGUUCGAGGAGAUGCCGGGAUUACUGAACAUGAUUAAUGUAACGAGACUGACUCUAAGUCACAAUAAGAUUCAAGCGGUGCCGCCGGGUCUUGCCAAUCUAGUCAACCUAGAAAUACUGAAUCUGUUCAACAAUCACAUCACCGAGCUGCCUAUAUCUCUGUCGCAAAUGCCGAAACUGAGAAUCCUGAACGUAGGAAUGAACCGGUUGGACGUGCUCCCUCGUGGCUUCGGCGCGUUUCCGGUCCUCGAGGUAUUGGACUUGACAUACAACAAUCUCAGCGAAAAGAAUCUGCCCGGAAACUUCUUCAUGAUGGAGACUCUAAGAGCACUUUAUUUGGCUGACAACGAUUUCGAGUACCUGCCGCCUGAGAUCGGCCAGUUGAAAAAUCUCCAAAUUCUGGUACUGAGGGAGAACGAUCUGAUUGAAUUGCCGAAAGAGAUCGGAGAGCUGACUCGUCUCAGAGAGCUGCAUAUCCAGGGCAACCGUUUGACCGUGUUACCCCCCGAGAUAGGGAACUUGGAUCUAGUGAGUAACAAAGCGGUCUUUCGCAUGGAGUUCAAUCCGUGGGUUACUCCAAUCGGCGAUCAGCUGCAAGUGGGCAUAUCUCACGUCAUGGAUUAUCUACGCUCGGAAACGUAUCGAUACGUUUACAAUCGACACCAAAGUGCCAAAGGCCCGCCACCACCCAUCGAGACCGAUAAGAGUAAGAAGAUCUCACGUGCUCGUUGAUGUCUUCCGAUUUGCACAUAAUCUUGACCAAAAAUAGUGCUUUUAUUAACUAAUAUUGCAAAUUAUUUUUAUAAAUCAUAUACUGCCAAUUUUAUUUAUACUAUACUAAUUAACAAAUCUACAAGAAUUAUAUAAAUGGUGCCUUUUAGAGAUAGAAUAAUACGAGAUUUACCGCUUUUAUUAUUGUUAUACAUUUUUUAAUUCUUUAUUAAUUUAAUAUAUAUGUAUAUAUACAUUAUCACACUCCAAAAAAAAUAUAUAUAUACAAAAAAUAUCUUUUAUUUUACUUCUUUGUGUUCCUUUUAUAACGUUCAACUUAACUGAACCUUUAUAAUCAGAAGAAUUUCUUACAUUCGCAACUUUUAGAAUAAAAUAGAGAACAAAAAAGAUUUCAUUUGACGAGAAUGGGAUUCGAACCCACAUGCACGUUGCACAUGGGUGCAGAGCACAUUGGAUUAGCAGUCCAACACGCUCGGCCACCUCGUCCUUGUAUGCACAUGUCAAAACUGCACUUGGAACGGGGGUAACAACCCUUUGUGCAUUUUGUAUAGUGUGUAAUUAUAUAAUUCAUUGUAAAUUUAUUAUGAAUAACGCGACAUACAUAAAUGAUAUACAACUAAGCUUAAAAUAGUUUUAAAAAUGUUUUCUGAGAAAAAUAAAUUAUUUUAGUAUGGUAAA